AUGCGGGAGCAGGACGAUCCUCCCCAGGCCGACCCUCCGCCGGUCCUCGAAUCGGCGCCAAGGAUCGAGAAAGAAUACAAAGUCGCGUGGCCGGUGAAGCUCAACCUGGGCGAAGGGUUUGGUGGCCUGAUCACCGCGGAUCCGCCUCCCGACUCUUGGAUCCAGUACAUCGGCGAAAUCGAGGAAAAGAAGAUGACGACCUGGACCCUGGAAGUGCUCAUGUACGCAGUCAAGGGAGUCUGCAUCGGCUGUCCGUCCACCGAAAUCCAUCUGACCAGGGGCAUGCUCCGGAUGUGCCGGCGUUGUCGUGAUGCCCUCAAGGAUUGGACUGGCCAUCGCCACCUCUGUGCUGACGACACGGCCACACCCAUGCGACACGCCCACAACAAGAAGCAGAUCUUCGCCGAAGUCGAAGGCGCCCGUUGUCUGCAAUGCCUCGGAACGAGAGCCGCAGCCCUCGGAUGGGCCCCGAAAAAUCCGCUCGUGCGCAAGCUCCUCCGAAUCACCGACCACCCGAUCCGCCCCGAUAGCCCGAUC